AUGCAAACAUACCAUACUAUAAAAACCUUUAUAAACCAUUAAGAAAAAUUAUCAGAUCAAUUAUCAUUUUAUGAUUAGUUCCUCCUCAUGGCUAUUCAAAGUAUUUCGUUAAAUUGGAUAAAUACAAUAACCAAUAUUGAUAAUUGGUUUGAAAAUAUUUGGUCUUCAUCUCAAACUAAGAUAACGUAAAAAAAUCCCCCAUCGGCAUAAAAUUUUGCUUCUUAAUUUGGAGGUGCAAUAAUUUUAACUAAAAGCAGUGCAUUAAAAUAAGUAGAUAAUGUAUUGGUGGAUUCAGUUGAAGUGUAUAUGAUUACAGAAUGUAAUUAAAAAAUGUGUUUUUUGUUGUAUGUUUAAAAGAAGAGAUUUCUUUAGAAACAAUAACAUUUAUAAAUAAAGAGUUGUAUUCCUCAACUAUUAAAAACUUUUAAGUAAGUUUAUGGAAGUGUUGUUUAUCCGACCAGGGUAUGGGAACUUUUGGGUAAUUUUUAUGCGGAAGACAUAAAUGAAUGGUAAAUUUUCAAUUUGGAUCAACGAUUCCUGAGAUAUUUAAAAAUAUUAAUUGUAGAUUUUCAUAACGCAGAAUUCCAUUGCACUUUAACUCAAAUUAGAGUCUUUGGAAAAACUGUUAUUGGAGAUUUAAUUGAUUCACAUAAGAGAGAUAAGGUUAUUGAACCAGAGACUAAAACUAAAAAUUUAACAUAAGAGUAAUAAGAAAUUAAAUUAAAUGAGGUUUCAGAAGAAGAAGAUCGAUCAAAAAAUGAUACAUGUUCUGUUGUUGAUUAUUUUUACAGCAAUCAAAUUUCGAAAAGAAUUAAAAAUUAAUACAUUAAUGUCUUACCAUAUGAAUCAAGACAAUCACUAUUUAAAGUGACUGCUCAGAAUAUCCUAAUAUUAUCUCAUAAUGUAGAAUUAUUUAAAAAUGAAAUUAAUUAAAUUAAACACUUAGAUAUAUAGUAUUAAAAUGAAUAGGAUUAAAUAAAGGCAUUUUAAUAAUAAUUGAUCACAUCAAUAUCAGAAUAAAAAUUAAUAAAUGAAAGGUUAGAGAGUGAAUUGUAUUUUAUCAAUCUGAAAUUGUUAACCAUGUUCAUUAUACUAGUCGGAAUAACUUCCAUUUUAUUGUUUAUAAGUUUUUGCAAUCAAAAUAAAUAAUCAUCAAUUCAACAAUAAAGAGUAUCUAUUAAAGCUUAAAGUGCAAUUUUUAAAUCAUAGCCUGAAUUGAUGACUCCUAAAUUCAGUGAAAAUAAUGCUAACACUAAUACUACCAAAUAAACAAAAAACUCAAAUGGGAAAUCAAAAAAAUCACAUUGA